AACAUUUAUUAGUUUGCAACCAAAAACGAUAACAAAAAUUGUUUGACAUGCCAAAUUGACAUCAGUCUACGCACUUUGACAAACUUUGGAAUCCAGUGUGAAAGCAAGAAGUGAGGUGAUUGCUGAACGCGACGAUGAAUUUACAUAUAGGAUUGGUCCUUGUCGCUCUGCUUGGUACUUUCUUAGCAGCUGCUAAUGAAUGUCCUAACAGGUAUUACUGCCACACUGCAGAGAUAAAAUACAGAUCCUUUGACGCCAUGGCGGGCUUCUACUUGAACAGUACAAAUCACGUGAUCAAGAGUUUCCCAGCCGUUUCCAACCAAAGCUGUAUACAAGAGUGCGUGAGGAUCCCCCAGUGCAAGUCAGCCAACCACCACCUUCCAGUCAAUGCUAGUGACAUGAUAUGUGAUUUGAUUGACGGAAACCGGUGGUCCAAUGCGUCUUUGCUUCAAGAAAGGAAGAAUUCGACGCAUUUCUUCGUCAUGAGUGCUUGCGCAUCUAAUCCAUGCAAGAAUGGAGCAACAUGCAUCUCGUUGGACCAGGAAGCCUCUUACAAGUGUGCAUGCAAGGACAGUAACUUUACAACUACAAUACACGGCACCCACUGUGAAACGCUUAAAGUUGCUGAAAAAACUGCUCAGGUUUAUUACAAAUUCGACAGCCAAGCUCCAAUAGACAGGAUAACUAGCAAAACUUUCAGCAAAAGCGGAGACAUCAAAAUUUUGUCUGUUCCAGACCGGAAGUCUCCUGUUCUGUAUCUGCCAGGCAAGUCAGGAUCGUAUGGGAGCUUUUCAGGUUACAGUUCUGUUUGCCAUGGAUAUACAUUGGCAUGCAGAUCGUCACCAAACAAUGGCCUAUCAGUUUCGUUUUGGUUCAAAUUGUCAAAAAGAGGCCAAGAAAAGGUUGUCCAAAGUGUAUGCUCCACAGCGCAUAAAAUUACCCUUGCAGCAUCAACUCGCAGCAUAAGUUCUUAUUCCGGGUUUGAAGUGUUGCUCAAUGGCUGCACCUCAAACGCAGCUACGGUAACUGUCCGAGAUCAAACAUCAAGAUGCAUAGCCACUUGGGGUAAUGGCACCGAUCCGAGUUUGCAGACCUGGACCCAUUUUAUGUUCACGUACAGCUAUGUGUCUGGCCUUAUCAUUUACAUCGAUGGCGUUGCGGUUAAACAAGCGGCUGUCACAAGCGUUACAACGGCCGCCAGCUAUCACAGCCAUGUCGAUUUUGGGUACCAAGGAGCUGGAGAUUUUGAAGCCUACAUUGACAGAUUUGCCGCUUGGUAUAACCUCCUAACGCCUGCUGAUGUGUCCUUUCUCUAUAACCACGGCAAAAAAGAGGAAAGUUUCAGUCAAAACUAGUGUUUGAAAGCUGGAUAGCGCCAGGAAGACGAAGAUGGAAUUGUUCCGUCCACUGAGAAGCACUUCAAAUUUAUUGCAACUUUUGAUUAAAAAUGCACGGAUUUAGAGAACAAUUUGCAUGAACUAAAAAGAAAAACAACACAUGUUGAUAAGUUGUUUUAAAAUCUCACCUUUUUCUCCUAUCCAUAUUCUUUAAAAUUUCAUCUUUGGGUUGAAUA